AAGAUGGAAGCGCGCAUGCGCCUUUUUGAGCGCGCUACUCACGUCUCGAUGCCCCGCAUUACCCAGUGCAUGGUGCAGAAGAUGGAGUUGCAUGCGUCCAAGUUCGUGAACACUGCGAUCCGCAUGGAAGACAUGAAGUAUGGAGCGUAA